AUGGCACUCUCCUUCAACACUUGCCAUUCAUCCCUGAACCCUCUUCUCAUCCAGCCACAGAAUCCUUCUCCCAUCACUUUCAAAUUCACAACUUACUGUUGUUCUAAUCGCAUAGUUCAGGUUAAUGCCACAAAGUCCAAGAGAAAGCCCAAGCCUAGUUUCUUUGAACAAAUUCACCAUAAAUGGUCUCUCAAUCUCGCUUCAACAAGAGACAAAUUUCCCUGGCAAGAACAACAACAAACAGAAGAAGAGGAAGAUGAAGAGGAAGAGGAAGGCAUAAAAUAUGUUGAUGCAAGCCCAUCUGUGAGUGAUACUGUGAGUUUCAGUUUACCAAAUCGCUUAACUACACCUCCUUGGAUUCAUGGAAUCACAGCCAAACAGGCCCAUUUCGAUCAUCAACCUAGAAAAGGAGAUAACUCUAUUCAUGGGCCUUUUGAGUAUCCUGAAGAUAAUGUUGUAAAUGGGGUUCUUGAUGAAGAAGAAAGAAUAGGGAAGGAAAUCAAUUUGGAUAACAACUUUAAGGAACAAGUUGUCGACUUUGAUGACGCUUCUGUUCUUCAAUUAGCAGAAGCUAAGGAGAUAAAAGAUUGUGCUGUUCAUGGGUUUGUGAAGAAUUACGAAGAAGAUAAUGUUGCAAGUGGUGUUGCUGAUAAAAAAGAAAGUAUAGCAAAGGAAAUUAGUUGCAAUUUAAACAAAUUCAAGGAAAAAGUUCAUUAUAAUUCAGUUGAGUUAUCAGGAGGUCAGGAGAUGUCAAUAGUUACGGAUUUAAAUGACGUGAUUUCGCUUACUGAGAAACCUUUCGAUGGUGGCGAUGGAGAUUCUGGUAAUAUUAAGGUUUAUAAUGAUGGUCAUUGUGAUUUAUUUGAAAAUUUGUCAUGGAAGGAUUUAAAUGAUGUAGUUUCUGUGACUAAGAAACAACUUGGGGAUUUUGAAAAUGUUGAGGUUUCUAACGAAGGUGUUAGUCAUUCAAAUGAAUUGCCAUGGAAGCGAACGAGUGGACUAGACUCUGCAAGAGAAGAUAAGAGAAGAAAGAAGAGCAACACCGAUUUGGCACAGCGAAUGGUGCCCGAGCAUGAGUUGAAGAGGCUAAGGAAUGUGGCAUUGAGGAUGCUUGAGAGGAUAAAAGUUGGGGCCACAGGCAUUACGCAGGAUUUGGUGGAUGCCAUUCAUGAGAAGUGGAAGCUGGAUGAAGUGGUGAAGUUGAAGUUCGAAUGGCCUCUUUCAUGUAACAUGAAAAGGACCCAUGAUAUUUUGGAGAGUAGAACUGGAGGUUUAAUUAUAUGGAGAUCGGGCAGUUCAGUGGUAUUGUACAGAGGAACAACCUACAAAUUUCAAUGCGUACAGUCAUAUACAAAGCAAAACGAGACUGGUAUGGAUGUUAUGCGACAUGCAGAAGAAGCAAUUAAUGAUGGUACAAACAGUGCUGGAAUGAAGGACAUAGCUCGAAAUAUGGAAUCAUUUAUACCUGAUGCUGCAAAGUAUUUGAAGGAUCUAACUCAAGAAGAACUCAUGGACUUCAGUGAACUCAACCAUUUGUUAGAUGAGUUGGGUCCACGGUAUAAAGACUGGUGUGGCUGCGAGCCAUUGCCUGUUGAUGCAGACUUGCUUCCUGCUGUGCUUCAUGGAUAUAAACCUCCUCUCAGACUUCUUCCUUAUGGGGUAAAACCUUGUUUAAGAAACAAAGAGACUACAAAUUUCCGCAGGCUUGCAAGAGCAACACCUCCUCAUUUUGUGCUUGGGAGGAACAGAGAACUGCAAGGUCUGGCAAAGGCUAUGGUGAAGCUAUGGGAAAGAAGUGCUAUUGCAAAGAUAGCCAUCAAACGUGGAGUACAGUAUACACGUAAUGAAAUUAUGGCAGAAGAACUCAAGGUGAGAUCGAACGAACUGAGAUGCUUCUUGAAUGGAGAUAAGGUUGACGGGGGGACAAUACUUUCAAGAAACAAGGAGUACAUCGUAUUUUACAGGGGUAAUGACUUUUUGCCACCUGCUAUUAAUGAGACACUGAAAGAGAGGAGGAAACUAAAUUUUCUCUAUCAAGAUGAAGAAGACCAAGUCCGUCAGAUGGCCUCAUCCUUUAUUGGAUCAAGUGUCAAAACUUCUGAAGGCCUCUUGGUUGCUGGAACACUUGCUGAAACUGUGGCAGCUUCCUCUCGCUGGGGGAAUCAACCAAGUAGUGAAGAUGUGGAGGAAAUGUUAAGAGAUUCAGCUCUGGCUAGACAUGCUUCAUUAGUGAAACAUCUCGAGAAUAAACUAUCUCAGGCAAAAGGAAAACUCAAAAAAGCUGAGAAGGCUUUGGCAAAAGUGCAGGAGAAUCUGGAACCAACUGAGCUCCCAACAGAUUUGGAAACCAUAAGCGAUGAGGAGAGGUUCUUGUUCCGUAAGAUUGGUCUGAGUAUGAAAGCUUAUCUCUUUCUAGGUAAGAAACGCAUCUUUAAUUCUGGACAUGAUGGUUUCUUUAGGGAUGAGUGA